GCCUUCUACAAGCAUUUUGUUUGUUUUUUUCAUUGCGUUUAUUUCGUUUUCGUGUUUUCGUUUAUUUGGUUUUCAUUCUGGAAAUACAUUUCCCGUUCAAAAUCAGAUAUCGUGCAUAUCGUUUUGGUGGCCAUUUGUGUUUCGAUUUUCCUGUCUGCAAGGUCGCUGGCAAGUGGAACUGAUUGGAAAUCAAAUCAAUAAAGAAUGGCCAACAAAUCGGUGGAACUGAAGGAGAUGAAAAACGGCGAGAUAGUGGAAGACGAUGCCGAUGACGGACCACCGCACAUCGUGCCUCCCGAUGGCGGAUGGGGCUGGGUCGUUAUGAUAGCCUCUUUUUUCUGCAACAUCAUCGUCGAUGGCAUCAUCUUUUCCUUCGGCCUCGUCGUCACUAAUUUGGCUGAGAGUUUCGAAGUGCCCGUCUCUACCGUCUCGUGGGUAGCAUCUCUCCUCGCCGGCUUUUACCUUCUCGCCGGACCGUUCGUGUCGUCUUUAGCGACUCGCUACGGAUUUCGGAUGGUGGCGUGUGCCGGCAGCAUCGUUGCCGGAUUAAGCUUGGCCGUGGCGUCGCUGGCCAUGUCCGUCGAGUUCCUUUACGUCUUUAUCGGCGUAUUGGGUGGCAUUGGCAUGGGUCUUGUCUACGUUCCGGCUGUCGUCGCCGUCGGUUUCUACUUUGAAAAGAGGCGGGCGCUGGCCACGGGCAUUGCCGUCUGCGGAUCGGGCAUCGGUACCUUCGUCUUGGCGCCUUUCACCACCUGGCUUCUCGGUUAUUACGGAUGGCGUGGAACUCUUCUCAUUCACGGCGGUUUGGUGUUGAACUGCGCCGUUUUUGGCGCCAUGUUUCGACCUCUGGAACCGGCCAAAAAGAAAUCUGUUCGUCGUCAAUUGGCCGACGAGGAGGUCUCUGCUGGAACUCCUUUGAUGGUGAGGAUCAAAAAGGAGAGAGACGAGAAACUGCGCAACGACGAACGGCAGGAGACGAGCCAGACGGACCACUUUCACUCGUCUACCAACUCGUUGAACAACACUGUCAAAUUGGUCGGCAUUAAAAACAAACGGUCGUCGACGCUGACCGACUCUUCCACGUCCCUCGGCAAGAAAGAGACGCCAUUGCUGGCGGCUGCGGGCAGCAAACGAUCGCUGGCCAAUCAAGACGACGUCCAGCCGCUGAAUCGCGACGAUGCCUUUUACACGGGCAGUCUGCAACGUUUGCCGCAAUACAGAGAAAACCCGGCCAGCUAUCACGCGUCCGUUACGAGGAUUCCCGACGUUGUCGAUGAAGCUGACGGAGGCAAAAAAUCUUCGCGAUGCAUGCGGGCCGUUUCUUCGUUGAUCCAAUUUUCGCUCUUUAAAUCUGCCACGUUCGAUUUGCUCUGCUUUUCGAGUUUCAUCACUUUCCUCGGCUUUUUCGUGCCGUUCAUGUUCCUGGCCGCCAGGGCCGAGCAGUUGGGGGCCGACAAAGAGUCUGCCUCUUUCCUGCUGUCCAUCAUCGGCGUGACCAACACGGUGGGUCGUGUCGUUUGCGGCGCUCUCUCCGACCAUCCCAAAGUGAAUGUUCUCUUCGUCAACAACGCCGCGUUGACACUUGGCGGUGUGGUCACCAUCGCCACGCCCUUUUUCCCUGCCUACGAGAUGCUCAUUGUCUACGCUUGCCUUUUCGGCUUGUCCAUCGCGUGUUUCGCAUCGCUGCGUUCCAUCCUCAUGGUCGAACUGCUCGGUUUGGAAAAUUUGACCAACGCCUUUGGUCUCUGUCUGAUGUUCACUGGUGUGUCAGCCACAGUGGGCGGUCCGUUAGCCAGUAUGUUUUUUGAUGCAACCAACGAUUACGACGCCUCUUUCUACUUGUCUGGCUCCAUGAUUCUCAUUUCUGGCAUCCUCUGUUAUCCGCUCGGUUACAUCAACCGAUGGGAAAAGAGGCGCAACAAUGCCGCCCAGCAUAACAAACAAAAAGUAAAGCCCGUUCCCGAACCGGAACCACUAGCCGUUGCGUAACAGGAAAUUUCGGUUUGAUAUUUCUCCCCCUUUUUUUUUUUCCCGUGCCUCCAACGUACUAUUACGUUAUAUAGUACUUAACGAUUUGCAUUAGACAUUUUUUUUUUUGAAGCGGAAUGAUUCAAAAAUGAAGAAUUUAAACGAACAGAAACAAAACCAGUUGUGGAUAACGCAAAAAAAUAAUGGACGAACCUCAGCCACCCUUUUCUUGACUUCCUCAUUCAAAUAUUCCCCCCCCCCCCACCCUUAGAUUACAUGCUAUGUUAAAUAUGCGAUGAACUUUCAAUUGUAACAAUUGUGCAAAAGGAUGACUCGUCCCGGUGAGUUUCUUUAAACGUUUGUCAAUUUUUUUUUUUUUUUUUU